UAGCGUUAACGUAUAGUAACUGGCUGUGUGUAGGAAGUCUUCAUUCCUUGCUUUUGUUACCGGGCAAAAGUUUGGGUGGUUGAGCUCAUGCGGUGUUUGAGAAGAUGAAGUCUUCCAGAAUAACUUUUAUUGCUUGGCUGCUCGCCUGCCUUUCUGAUCAAUCAGCUGGUUACCCAAAUGGAAAAGUAUACGAAUCCUGUGACUCCAUGUUGCCUUUUCAUGGGGAAUCGCCUCAGAAAUUUCCCAAGCACACCAUUGAGGUGAAUGUGACAGAAUUUAAGCCAGGAGAUUGUGUGAAAGUUAGUUUUUCUGGGCCUACGUUUGAAGGCUUUUUGCUACAAGCUCGCAAUGCUGACCGCUUGGAAGACCCGGCCAUUGGUUCUUUUGCAUUAGCUGAUCGGAGAAGAUCUCAGCUCCUUAAAUGUGGACACGUAAAGAACUCAGCUGUUAGUCACACCAGUAAAUCUAAGAAAAACCAUAUGGAUGCUUAUUGGAUUGCUCCUAGAGAUGCACCAAAGAAAAUACAAUUUCUACUCACAGUUGUACAAAAAUUCAGUAUCUAUUGGGUAAAAAUUCCUGGUCCUAAGAUUUCUCAGCCUAGUAUACUUCCUUCGACAUCAAUAAUGCCUUCUAAUUGGGCCAUUCCAACAUCCUUGCCUGUCUCUUCCCUAAGCCAACCAUUCAAUUCUUCAGAAUGUGGAGAUCGCAAGUUCUGUGUGAGAAAUCCAACACACUGUGACCCUAAAGCCAACAAUUGCUUCUUUGUCUCCUUCAAGCAAGAUAAUGACUCAGUAUGGAUUGAAAUGAGCGGUCCCAGUGAAGGCUAUAUUGCCUUUGCAUUAUCUCAUGAUCAAUGGAUGGGUGGUGGUGAUGAUGCAUAUCUGUGCAUUAAUAAUGAUCAUUCUGCUGACCUCAAGACAGCUUUCCUGGCUGGGCGAUCUUAUCCAGAAUUUGACUCGAAGAAUGCUUUGGAGAAUAUAUCUUGGAGACUGGCUGAUGGCCUUAUCCAGUGUUCUUUCAGAAGAAGAAUUCACCUUCCAGCUUCUACGGGAAGAUAUAAUCUGGAUGCAAACUAUUACAUAUUUCUGGCUGAUGGUGAAAUCAGUGCAGGUACAGGUGAUACAAUCUACAAACACCAGCAACAGCCUCUGAUAACAAAUGGAAAAUAUAACAUUCUAGGACCAUUAAAAGAUAUUGGAGGAUCCCGGUCUCCAUACCUGAUCAAGAUCCAUGGUGCACUAAUGUUUAUUGGAUGGAUAACUACAGUUAGCAUAGGGGUGAUCAUUGCCCGGUUUUUCAAGUCUGUCUGGCCUCAUACUCUACUGUAUGGAGAAGAGAUUUGGUUUCAGAUCCAUCGUUCCUUGAUGAUAAUAACAAUAUUGCUCACAAGUGUAUCUUUUGUUCUUCCUUUUAUAUAUCGAGGAGGCUGGAAUAAACAUGCAGGUUUUCACCCCUAUUUUGGCUGCACUGUGAUGGCUCUGGCACUUUUUCAGCCUCUUAUGGCAGCGUUCAGACCCCCUCCACACUCACCAAGAAGGCAGUAUUUCAGCUGGUUACAUUGGAGUGCUGCCACAACUGCUAGAAUAUUAGCUGUGGUAACAAUGUUCCUGGGAAUGAACUUGCCAGCUCUCAACCUUCCAGAUUCAUGGGAUACCUACGCAAUGAUUGGAUUUGUAGCCUGGCAUGUUGGGAUUGAUGUGCUUCUGGAGUUACAUGGCUACUGCCUCAUCCGCAAAGUUGAGGUGUUGGAAGAUGACAGGAUACAAUUAUUGCAGUCCAUAAAUUCUAUAGAAGCCCAGGGCCAUACAUUUAAAAAAGCAGUGCUGUUUAUCUACAUUUGUGGCAACAUAGCAUUUCUUGUCACCUUCAUCACAGCAGUUGUGCAAGUAUGAUUCCGUAAAAGCCUUGACUAUUCUAAAGAGUUUGCCACUACACUUCAAAAUAGCUUCUUGCGGGAUUUCAUAGCUGUCAACGAAACUUGUCUUUAAGAUGUGAAAACAACUUUUCAGCACACAGCCAUUGAAGAGCAAACUUUGUUGGUCUUGAUAAGAAUCUAUCUUGGGCUUCUUCCCGAGUUAACUACUUGCUUUAAUGUUGUACAUUUGUAUUCUGUAGCUUUAUCUAUUACCUGAAAACUAGGAGAGGAUCUUAUUAUGAGCCAGUGGACAAUUGUUAGUUCAUUUACUUACCUAAAGUUUGCUCCUCAGGUUCCAGGACAUACCUGUCAGAUGUGGCUGAUGUUUCACACAGCAGUAUUUUUUUUCUUGUGGUAAAUUGUGGUCUUUGGUGACCAUGUGGUCCGCAGAUGAUAGAGUAUAAUGAUGAAAGAGCCACCUCUUUUGAAUGUGAGGUGCAUACAUGCGAAAGAUAACUGCAUUGCAAUCGCAAUGCUUGUUCAUCAUCCCCACCUGCACCAAAGAUGCUGCUGCAUGUGCCUCAUGUUUCACACCUUUUGUCUUCCCUCCCUCCCACACACAGAUAAUCACUAUUUCAGUAUUAUGAAGCCCGUCUCCACGUACCGACAUUUUUUUUUACAAUUUUUUUUUUCUUGAAUUUUUUUGAAUUCAAGAUGUUUGUAAGAGGAGAAUACUCUUUUGAAGUAUUUAUUAAAGAUUUUUAGAUUGAGAUGUGCAAUGACACGUAUUGUUCCGAGAGUGAUGACAAUUGUUUGAACAUUGUUAUUUCUUGUCACUUCUAAACACUUGAAUAUGUUUGUAGACUACCUCUUUCUCUUGAAAGUAACUAGGUACUAUAUUGUCCUCUUUAGCAUGUAUUUAAUAAAUGAUGUCUAAUAUAUUGUUGCUAAAGUUAGGAUGCCCUCUAAUUGUGUCCACCCAUUGGCUACCCUUCUGCUGUAGACCCCUGGGGGGUGUUCUACAGGGUUAGAAGAACCUCUAGAGAAGAAGUCAGAUGUAUGUAGGUGAUGCUGCUAGGUUUGGAAAAGUCAGGAAUUAGAUGGAGCUGUCUAUGGAAAUAGGCUAAAAAUGUUAAUGUAAAAUUUCUGUCCACAUUUUGAAAUAGCAAUGCAAGUUACUAGAUUUCUUUGACUCUGAUCCUAAAGAGGAUCCAGUAAAAAGAAACCUUUCAACUCAGUCUUCUUUGGUGUCAGACUAUUUCCAUUACUUAUUGUGCUCCAUAAAAAUGAUGUUCGUGACCAGCAACACUGUAGUUUUAUAGAUGUAUAUUGCACACCAAUGACUUAAUAUUUUUAAUUGCAUGAAAUUCUUGUCCCAGUUUUUGAAGGGAAUUUCUUUAUAACUUCUAGACAUAUUACUAUUUGCUGCAAAUAUGUUUGCCAAUAAAGAGUUUGUUCACCUGUUA